GGGUUUGCCAAGAUGUCUGCGCCCUGUGUUCAUGUGUGUCGCUGGCUGAAUAAGACGUUUGUGGUGUGAUGACAGUGACACAUACCCAGCAUGGACUUUCUGUGGCUUUUCAUCCUCUAUGUGUUUUUCCUCGUUCUUUGUGUUUCUGUCUUCUGCCUCUUGUCUGGAAGAUCCAGCAGCGGUUUGGACAGUGCCCUCCAGAGAGCAGAGCGGGUCAUUUCCCUUGUGUCCCCGACAUGGCUUCAGAGAUGCAUCAGCAGCUGCUUCCACACCAGGAGCGGGGCUUUUGUGUUCCUGCACCUGAUCCUGGAUAUGCUGGUGUUUGCGGAGUACAACUGGGAGGUUCUCGACUACAGUCUAGAGCUGGAGCUGAACUGGAUGUUGGUUUUCCUGCCGUAUGUUCUGAUAACGGGGAAUCUGUACUACUUCUACAAGUGCUGCACCACAGACCCAGGAAGAGUCACCGCACAGAAUGAGUCACUUUGUAUUGGGGUCUAUAAGUAUGAUGAGAUUAUGUUUCACCACAGCAAUAAGUGUCCGACCUGUGACCUGAUGAAACCGGCACGAUCAAAGCAUUGCGGUGUCUGUGGCAGCUGUAUCCAGCGGUUUGACCAUCACUGUGUUUGGGUGAAUAACUGCAUUGGAGCCCUGAAUAUCAGAUACUUCUUACUAUACCUGCUGAGCCUGACUCUCACAGCCAUCUCCUUAGCUGCUGUGAUGACAGCCUUCCUCCUGCAGGUGGUGCUGCUCUCCCAUAUAAUGACUGCAGCCUACGUGGACAGCGAGGGACACAAAGAGAUUGCGAGCUUAGCUUACGUUAUACAGCCUGACCGACAUCUUUAUUUUACUUCCCCAGCACUUGUUCCUGACUUUUCCAAGGAUUGUCUUCACCCUGGGAUUCCUGUUCCUCCUGAUCCUGUUCUUAGGAGGGUACACCUGCUUCCUCUGGUAUCUAUCCAUCACUAACCGGACCACCAAUGAGUGGUUUAAAGCAAGGAGGAUCCCGGGCUCUCCUACAGGGUUCUCAAGGGGGAUUGUGGGUAACCUGAAAGAAAUAUUCCAACCUUACACCCUCUACAAGAAGGAGAGAUGAGGGUUCUGGUUUGCACACCACGGACUGCAAGAAGAGGUUUCCCCACCUGUCUCCCAUGACAAAGAUGAGCUGGGUGGAACGGAUUUAUCACCUCAAUCUUAAUCUAGCAACAACUUUAAAAGGGGGUUUCCAGGUUCUUUAUACCAUGAAAAGCCAAAAGGUGAAGGUCUGACACCCUGCACCCUUUGGCCAUGGGACGGAAGCACAGCGCCGUUCAAAGUGUAGUGGCCGUUCUGGGUUACUGCACCUUACCUCUGAGUGAUCUGAAUGGGAGAUGCCCCAGUAACCCAGCGCGGCCACUACACUUUGACCGGCGCUGUGCUUCCUGUCCCAUUGACCGUGCUAGUCCCAGGGCCAAAGGGUGCCGGGUGUCAGACCUUCACCAAUGGAAUAUUAAAGGCAAUGUGGCGUCAGAAAAUGACCUAUAGUUUAACUCAGGUUUUUAAGUUUAACAUAGUUUUAAAGAAUUUUUGAUGAUUUUUAAUUGUCCAUGACUAUAUCUAAACAAAAACCAUAAAAUCCUGCAGUUUUUCCACUGGACACUAAUCCUAAUGAUAGGCGCCACUUCUUGGUCUAUACAGAUCACUUUACUGCAGUUAUCUGCUUAUCUGUAAUAAUAUCGCUAGGCUUGAGUGAACUUGAUUUGUUUAUAGAAAAUGCGCUCCUGACAGCGUUAAAAUGUAUUGGCUCUGCUGAGGCCUUGUUCUUCUCGCCACGAGUAACGCGAGACUUGCUUAGUCUCGUGCCUGUGACGUUACAGUUCGGCUCUGCUCAUAAAAUCGGGUUUGUGCCUCAGUUCGGUUUUGGAUUUUGAAACCGUAAUUUAUGCGCAGAACCAAACUGUAGCGUGACGUCAC